AUGUGUGUGAGUACAAAAACACAUCAAAGAAAAACAGAAGUUUCUUUGAGACAAAGCAAAUAACAAAUGGCUUCAUUUAGCUAUUUGAUGAGUGUUUUGGUAUUAUGUGUAAUCAUAGGUUAUACAAAUGCACAAUUAGAGCUUAAUUUUUAUGCUAAAAGCUGUCCAAAAGCUGAGAAAAUUAUUAAAGAUUUUGUUCAGCAACAAGUUCCUAAGGCUCCAAAUACUGCAGCAGCCAUACUCAGAAUGCAUUUCCAUGAUUGCUUUGUCAGGGGUUGUGAUGGAUCUGUACUUCUCAAUUUCACUUCGACUAACGGAAAUCAAACUGAAAAACUAGCAAAUCCUAAUUUGACAUUGAGAGGUUUCUCAUUCAUUGAUGCUGUGAAGAGAUUAGUUGAAGCUGAAUGCCCCGGAGUUGUUUCUUGUGCUGAUAUUGUCGCGUUGGUUGCUAGAGAUGCAGUUGUGGCUACAGGAGGUCCUUUUUGGAAUGUGCCAACUGGUAGAAGAGAUGGAACGAUAUCAAAUGUGUCAGAAGCCAAUGCUGAUAUCCCAGCACCAACUAGUAACUUUACUAGACUACAACAAUCCUUCGCGAAGAAAGGUCUUGAUCUGAAUGACCUGGUCCUUCUAUCAGGUGCACAUACUAUUGGAGUGUCUCGUUGCUCUUCAUUUUCAGAGCGUCUAUACAAUUUCACCGGGGUUGUAGGUACGCAAGAUCCAUCUCUAGACAGUGAAUACGCGGAUAAUCUCAAGUCAAGAAAAUGCAGAUCAAUCAAUGACAAUACUACUAUAGUAGAAAUGGAUCCAGGUAGUUUCAAGACAUUUGAUCUUAGCUACUUCAAGCUUUUGCUCAAAAGGAGAGGUCUGUUCCAAUCCGAUGCAGCAUUGACAACACGCACGUCAACGAAAUCGUUUAUCGAGCAGCUUGUAGAUGGACCACUCAACGAAUUUUUCGAUGAAUUUGCUAAAUCGAUGGAGAAAAUGGGAAGAGUUGAAGUUAAGACAGGGAGUGCUGGUGAAAUCAGGAAGCAUUGUGCAUUUGUGAAUAAUUGAAAUUGAAGUUUUAAUUAAUGAUUUUGUGUUUUGUAUUUAUAGUUUAUGUGUACUGUUGAGUUAAUUGUUUGGUGUAAUAUGUAUCAUGUACUUUUUAUAUUUAUUUCAAUUGUAAUUUUGCAGUUUGUUGGUGUUUUGUAGCAAUAAAAGUGAUGUGAUGAAGAGCAUUUCCAUAAAUUGAAAAAAAAAGGGGAUCUUUUCCUA